UUUGUAUAGUUUAUUUAUAUACAAAGCAGUUUUAAUCAGACAUUUAGUCAACUUGAAAUUAUUGCGUUUAUCAAAGUUUUCGGCGUAAGAAUUAUCUCAGUGAAGAGGUCUAUGUCCCGUGACGUUUCGCGGCGCCACCUGCAAGAAAAUUAAUCGAGCAUUUCUUUUCCUCCGGUGGUGUGAACUUGUUGGGCAAUAGUGUCUCAAUAACCUCAAUAACCAUGAGUGGCAGGGCAAGAGCAAGAUCACGAGGAAGGGCCCGCGGUCAGGAGGCAGUUGGCGCUGACCAGCCCAGAGAGUCUGCCCCUGUCCCACCUGCUGAAGUGAAGGUUGGCAGAGGAAGGCAAAAAACUACUCCAGGCCCAUUUACUGAAGAAGCUCUCAUGCAGAUUUCAGCUGGAUUUCAACAAGUUAAGCUUGGUGAGCGUGGAGGCCACCGUCGAGAUUUCAAUGAUGCUGGGAUCAACACCAGGCAGGCCAUGGAGCAUGUCAAAGAUUCAAAAUCUGGAAUAUCUGGGCGGGCCAUUAAGCUCUCUGCAAACUACUUUCGUAUCCUGUCCCGGCCUCAGUGGGUCUUGUAUCAGUACCAUGUGGACUUCAAACCCCCGAUGGAGUCUUGGCGUUUCAGAUCUGCACUUCUGUUCCAGCAUGAGGAAAUCUUAGGUUCAGCUAGAAGUUUCGAUGGAGCACUGCUUUUUCUGCCUCACAGGUUGCACAAAAAGGAGACAGUGCUCUAUAGUGAGACCAGGAGUGGAGAAAAGAUUCAAAUAACUGUUACACUGACCAGUGAGUUGCCACCAACCUCACCUGUGUGUUUCCAGUUUUACAACAUAAUAUUCAGAAGGAUUUUGAGAGUACUAAAGAUGCAACAGAUUGGAAGAAACUACUACAACCCAAAUGACCCUCUUGACAUUCCAAAGCACAAAUUGACCAUAUGGCCUGGUUACACUACAGCUAUAUUGGCAUAUGAGUCUGCCAUCAUGCUGUGCAUUGACGUGAGCCACAGGGUUCUUCGUAGUGAAACUGUCCUUGACUUCAUGAUUAAUCUCAAGCAGCAAUGUCCAGCUCAUCGCUUCCCAGACAUCUGUGCUAAAGAGCUUGUUGGUUUAAUCGUCCUCACAAAGUACAACAAUAAAACCUACAGAGUUGAUGACAUAGCGUGGGAUCAGACACCCAAUAACACUUUCAAGAAGGGAGACACUGAAAUCUCUUUCAGGAACUACUUCAGUAAUCAAUAUGGCAUAAGCAUCGUUGAUGGCAAUCAGGUGAUGCUGGUCAGUCACGUAAAGAGGUUGGGUCCCGCCGGAGGCCCUCCUCCUGGACCAGCCUUGUUGGUCCCAGAGUUGUGCUACCUCACAGGACUGACUGACAAGAUGAGAGCAGAUUUCAGCAUCAUGAAAGACUUGAGUGCACACACCAAACUGAGCCCAGAAGACAGAGAAAAAUGCCUAGACAGAUUUAUUAUGAACAUACAGAAAAAUGCUGAAGCACAGUCAGAGAUGGACAAGUGGGGCCUUUCUUUUGACAAAGAACUUGUCCAACUGACUGGUAGAGUGCUUCCAGUAGAGAGGAUUUUCCAGGGACAGAAAUCAUACGAAUAUGAUCCUUGGUCAGCUGACUGGGCCAAAGAGAUGCGUGGAAUACCUCUGAUAAGAUCCCCUCCUCUUUCCAACUGGUUGUUGUUGUUCACAAGGCGCAACAGCAAUGAGGCCCAGGCACUUGUGCAAAGUCUUGGGAGAGUCUCUGGUCCACUUGGCAUCUCCGUUCAGCGUGCUGUGAUGAUCGAAUAUGAGGAUCAUCAAGAAUCCCUGCUCCGAGCUCUACAGCAGAAUGUGACCCCACAUGUGCAAAUUGUGGUUGUGGUCCUCCCCAGUAAUAGGCAGGACAGGUAUGAUUCAGUCAAGAAGUACCUGUGUGUGGACUGCCCCACACCCAGCCAGUGCGUGUUGGGUCGUACCCUCAGCAAACCUCAGGGUCUGAUGUCAGUGGCUACCAAGAUUGCACUUCAGAUGGCCUGCAAGAUGGGAGGAGAACUGUGGAGUGUGGAGGUUCCUCUUAAGCAGCUCAUGAUUGUGGGCAUUGACUGCUAUCAUGACACCACAGCGGGGAAAAGGUCCAUUGGUGCUUUAGUGGCGAGUUUAAAUCAGAGCAUGAGCAGGUGGUACUCAAACUGUGUGUUGCAGCACAGAGGCCAGGAGAUCAUGAAUGGUCUGAAGAAGUGCCUUGGUGGUGCUUUGAAAGAAUACCUGAAGUUCAACCAAUGUCUGCCCUCUCGUAUCAUUGUGUACCGAGAUGGGGUAGGAGAUGGACAGCUCCACAGUGUUGUCAACUAUGAAGUUGCACAGAUCAUGGAAGCAAUCAAAUCUAUAGGCCAAGACUACAUGCCAAAGAUCAGUGUGGUGGUGGUGAAGAAGCGCAUAAACAGCAGGUUCUUUGCGCACAUCAAUGGCAAAGUGUCAAACCCUCCACCAGGCACAGUUGUGGACACUGAUGUUACCCGUCCCGAGUGGUAUGACUUCUACAUCGUGAGCCAAGCUGUCCGUCAAGGAAGUGUUUCCCCAACCCAUUACAAUGUUGUGUACGAUACUAGCGGACUCAAGCCUGACCACAUGCAGCGGCUCACCUACAAGUUGUGCCACAUGUACUACAACUGGCAGGGAAUCAUCAGAGUGCCUGCUCCAUGCCAGUAUGCCCACAAAUUGGCCUUCCUCGUGGGACAGAGCAUUCACAGGGAGCCCAAUGUCAAACUUGACAACCUGUUGUUUUAUCUUUAGACUAGACUGCAUUCUUAGUUUGUUUUAGAUGUUCCUGAAGUCUUUUUAGACAUAAAACAUGACUAGCUAAUUUUUUCUUAUUGGAAGUUUAAAUUUAAAUAUAUUUGAGAAGCUGUUUGAAUAAUAAUUUGAUUAUUUGUAAGAAUAAGUUUACUGGCAGUCGUGAAUUUUAUUUAGAUGUUAACUGUUUGGUCAUUAGCAAUGUUGUUGCAUAUUAAAAUGGUAAACGUUGGCAAACAAGUUGA